UUUACACAAAAAUAACAUAGCCUAUUGAAAAGAGAAUUUAUUUCCGGUGCACAUCGCGUCGUCACACGGCGUUUAUUUUGAAACUCUGUCCGGAAGUGCCAUGGCGGCUGCCGUCAGUGAGCUUGACACGAUGGACUCUGUCCGCGGUGGGAUUUCACGGAAGAUGCUGAAGAAACGGGAGCUGCUGCUUUCCGAGAGACAACCCUCCAGUGAAGAUGAGACCAUGGUCCCGGUACUAACCUCCAAAAAAGCCAGUGAACUCCCCGUCAACGAAGUAUCAUGUGUCCUGCAGGCCGACCUGCAGCGGGGUCUGACCCAGGAGGAGGUGAGCCGGAGGAGGAACUACCACGGCUGGAACGAGUUUGAUAUCAGUGAAGAGGAGCCGCUAUGGAAGAAAUACAUCUCACAGUUCAAAGACCCUCUCAUCCUGCUGCUGUUGGCGUCGGCCGUCAUCAGCGUUCUCAUGCACCAGUUUGAUGAUGCCAUCAGCAUCACUGUGGCCAUUAUAAUAGUAGUGACAGUUGCCUUUGUCCAGGAGUAUCGCUCAGAGAAGUCUCUAGAAGAACUCGGGAAGCUGGUGCCUCCAGAAUGUCACUGUAUCAGAGAGGGGAACCUGGAGCACCUGCUGGCCAGAGAGCUGGUUCCUGGAGACACCGUCUGUCUUUCUGUGGGAGAAAGAGUUCCAGCGGAUCUCCGCCUCUUCGAGGCGACGGACCUGACCGUGGAUGAGUCCAGUCUGACGGGGGAGACCACGCCCUGCUCCAAGUCCACCUCCCACCAGCCGGCGGCCACCAACGGAGACAUCGCCUCCCGCAGCAACAUCGCCUUCAUGGGGACGCUAGUGCGCUGCGGCAAAGCCAAGGGCAUCGUCAUAGGAACCGGAGAAAACUCUGAGUUUGGGGAGGUAUUCAAGAUGAUGCAAGCAGAAGAGGCUCCUAAAACGCCGCUGCAGAAGAGCAUGGACCUGCUGGGGAAGCAGCUCUCGCUCUAUUCCUUCGGCAUCAUAGGGGUCAUCAUGCUGGUGGGCUGGCUGCAGGGGAAGAGGAUCAUGGAUAUGUUCACCAUCGGUGUCAGUCUGGCGGUAGCUGCCAUCCCUGAGGGUUUACCCAUCGUGGUGACGGUGACGCUGGCGCUCGGUGUGAUGCGCAUGGUGCAGAAAAGAGCCAUCGUCAAGAAGCUUCCCAUCGUAGAAACUCUGGGAUGCUGUAAUGUGAUCUGUUCAGACAAAACGGGAACUCUGACAAAGAACGAGAUGACGGUCACUCAGCUGUUCUCGUCAGACGGACUCCACGCUGAGGUGACGGGCGUCGGCUACAACGGAGCAGGAGAAGUUUUACUGGACGGAGAGAUCAUCCACGGUUUCUCCUGUCCUUCAAUCAACAAGAUAGUGGAGGUUGGUUGUGUGUGUAACGACUCUGUCAUCAGGAACCGAACGCUGUUGGGACGACCGACAGAAGGAGCGCUCAUCGCCCUCGCCAUGAAGAUGGGCCUGGAGAGCCUCCAGCAGGAGUACGUCCGCGUGGAGGAGCAUCCCUUCACCUCGGACAAGAAGUGGAUGGCUAUUCGCUGUGUUCACCGCACCCAGCAGGACAAGCCUGGCGUCUAUUUCAUGAAAGGAGCUUAUGAGCAGGUGAUUCGUUACUGCAGCUCCUACAACAGCAGAGGAAACACACUUCCCCUGAACCACCAGCAGAGGGAGCUCUACCAGCAGCAGAUCAGCUACAUGGGCACCGCCGGACUGAGAGUCUUGGCGUUUGCGUCGGGGGCCGAGAUGGGAUCCUUGACCUUCCUGGGUCUGGUGGGCAUGAUCGACCCUCCGAGGUCAGGGGUCAAAGAGGCCGUGGGCACGCUCAUCAGCUCCGGCGUCGCCAUCAAGAUGAUCACAGGAGACUCGCAGGAGACCGCCGUGUCCAUAGCCAGUCGUCUGGGUCUUUACUCUAAAGGCUGUCAGUGUUUGUCGGGAGACGAGGUGGAUCAUCUCGACCUGCAGCAGCUUUCAAACGUCGUCCCGAGGGUUACGGUGUUUUAUCGAGCCAGUCCCCGACACAAGCUGAAGAUCGUCAAGUCCCUCCAGAACAUCGGCGCCGUGGUGGCGAUGACGGGCGACGGGGUGAACGAUGCCGUAGCUCUGAAGGCGGCCGACAUCGGCGUGGCGAUGGGUCAGACGGGCACCGACGUCUGCAAGGAGGCGGCCGACAUGAUCCUGGUGGACGACGACUUCCAGACCAUCAUGUCGGCCAUCGAGGAGGGAAAAGGGAUUUAUAAUAACAUCAAAAACUUUGUCCGCUUCCAGCUGAGCACGAGUAUUGCAGCUCUCACACUCAUCUCCUUGGCGACGCUGAUGAAUUUCCCCAACCCGCUGAACGCCAUGCAGAUCCUGUGGAUCAACAUCAUCAUGGACGGACCUCCUGCUCAGAGUUUGGGGGUGGAGCCUGUGGAUCGGGACGUGAUCAGAAAGCCUCCUCGUAACGUGAGAGACAGCAUCAUCACCCGCAGUCUGAUCGUCAAAGUCCUGGUGUCGGCUCUCAUCAUCGUCUGCGGGACGCUGUUUGUCUUCUGGAGAGAGUUGCAGGACAACGUGAUCACUCCUCGAGACACAACCAUGACCUUCACCUGCUUCGUGUUUUUCGACAUGUUCAACGCUCUGAGCUCCCGUUCACAGACUCGUAUGGUUCAUGAGAUGGGUCUCUGCAGUAACCGGACGUUCUGUUACGCCGUCCUGGCCUCCAUCAUGGGUCAGCUCCUCGUCAUCUACUUCCCUCCUCUGCAGAACGUCUUCCAGACGGAGAGCCUCAGCAUUCUGGACCUGCUGUUCCUGGUGGCGCUCACCUCCUCCGUGUGCGUGGUGUCGGAGGCCAUCAAGAAGGUGGAGAGGUGGAGGGGAGUCGAGAGGAGCCCGCCCUCCGAUUGCUUCCACGAGGUAUGAUGCCCCCCCCCCGCCCCGCUGCUCGGCCUGAAGGACUCUGAGGUUUGGAUGAAGAAGAGGAGGAUGAAGGUGGUGGGAGUUGGAUGGGCUUUUGGAUCUUACAUCUGAUGGCACUGACUCAUUGAGACUGUAAGGACUUCCUCUGAGGCCCUCUGGUCUGGGACCAGAGGAAGCUCCCGGCCCGGGGAGGUUGUGUGGGGGGGGGGGUCUGGACUUUGAUUAAACUGGGAGGACAAGAUGGCUGCUGGGAGAUCUGACCCUGUACUCACCGUAGAGGGUUUCACUACUGAAGCCUGCAGCAUCGAUUUUUAGCUCGUGCUCCCUCCGUGCCGGCCUCGUUGUAGAUUUCUGACUGUAGCUUUUGGGCAAACCGCCACGGAUCGACCACAACUUCCUGCCGCCAGCCGGCUCCGGUUCCCCCCCCCCCCCACCCCCCCCGUCAUGUAAGAUGUACUGAGAUGAGAUAAUCUUCUGAAGAAUCAAGGCUAGAGACGUGUGCAAUUUUUUGUUCUCUUCAUUCUUCUGUUUUUAAUCUUCAUCAUUUAGAAGGUGUUGACCACUAUUCAGGCCGGACGUUUUAAUUCCUCUGUAGGUGGUUUAAAGUUUCUGGUCGAGGUGUAACGGAACAAGAAAAAUUCACAGUUUGUCCUGUAAAACAUUCCUAGGAUCAUACUUAAGUGUGUUUUUAAAAUUAAAGCAUUUAAAGGCAGAGCACCAUGUUAGAUAUGGAGGAUGUUUUUGGUCGUAAUUAAAAUUAAAAAUGAAAAGAGAUAAAAAAUUAAAAAGAUUAUUUUACUACACUACUAGGAUUAAUCAGGCCACAAUUAAACUGAAAAAGCAAAUUUAAAAUGUAAAAUGAUCAUUUGAAAAAGUAAAGUGACUGAAAAAAGUGACAUUUAAAAUGAAAAAGCUUAAAUGGAAACGUUCAAACUGAAAGCUUAAAUUGUAAAGAUCAAAAUGGAAAUAAACGAGAA